AUGGUCGGCGACGCCAAGACUUGCCGUGCCAUUUCCGACACGUUGCUGCAGAAACACAACAUAUACGUGCAGAGCAUCAACUAUCCCACGGUACCUGUGGGACAGGAGCGGCUGCGCGUUACCCCAACACCGGCACACACCCCAGAUAUGCUGGACACGUUCUCAGACGCUCUUCUUGAUGUGUGGAACCGGUGCGGUAAG